CUCAAGAAACAUUUCUGACUAUUAUCAAUAUUGAAAAUAGUUGUGAAAGCUUUUGCAACAUUAGUACACAAUACCGUUCAAAAGGUUAUUAAAGACUUAAUUUUAAAGAAACUAAUACUUUUAUUCAGCAAAUGCAUUCAAUUGAUCAAAAGUGACAGUAGAGACAUUCAUAAUUCUAUUUAUUAUAUAUUCACAUUUAUAUACAGGUAAACAUCAUCGCCACAGUAAAUCUGUUUCGUAACAGCCAUAUUGUGAUUUAAUCCGAAUGCAUCAAAUAAGAUCAGAGGUCUCCUGCUGUUACCUAAGCUCAUAGUCUCAGUCACUCUUUCAAGACUAACUCCUUGUCUUCCAUGAUAUAUUCCUGGAAAUCUCUCGCUAUCAAAUCAAAAGACGCUUAAGCUAUAAUCAACUCUAUCCUCUGUAAUCCUCCGUUGGGUUUAAAUAGCAGACAAUGCAAUUAUCCUGGACACUCGGUCACAAUCUCAAAAAAGUCAUUGAGAAAAUGGGCAACGCUAAAAGUGGAGCCCUUUCCAAAGAGCUUCUGGAGGAGCUGAAGAUGAACACCAAAUACUCCGAGGAGCAGCUGUACGUCUGGUACCAGAAGUUCCUGAAUGAAUGCCCGACGGGCCGCAUCAGCCAAGAGCAGUUCGAGAGCAUCUACGCCAGCUUCUUCCCUGACGCAGAUCCCAAGGCUUACGCUCAGCACGUCUUCAGGAGCUUCGACGCCAACAGCGACGGAACGCUGGACUUUAAAGAAUACAUCGUGGCUCUGCAUCUGACCUCCUCGGGGAAGACCGUGGAGAAGCUCGAGUGGGCCUUCGCUCUCUACGACGUGGACAGGAACGGAACCAUCACCAAAAACGAGAUUCAUGAAAUAGUGAAGUCAAUAUUCAACAUGAUCUCCAAAGAAGACCAGAAAAACCUUCCGGAUGACGAGAACACCCCAGAAAAACGAACAGAAAAAAUUUGGGACUUUUUUGGGAAAAAGGAAAAUGGUAAAAUAACAGAAGGAGAGUUCAUUCAAGGAGUUAUGGACAAUAAGAACAUUCUCCGCCUGAUUCAGUUUGACGAACCCCAAAAGGUCCAAGAAAGGCUCAAAGAGAAGAAGCAGUAAUGUGUUUAAAUUGCUGUUUUAGUUUGAUCUGAUUCUUUUAAAUAAAGUGUAAAAGUUCAUGUGCACUGCAA